CGCUAUCAUGAUUCUAUGAUUAGCCCAUGCCUAAACCGGCCGGGAGGGGGCCAAGAGUGUCCCACGGCGGCGGUUCCCAGUACAGUACAGUACAGUACAGAACAGACGAAACCCCCAAACAUCUCAUCCACACCCACUCCAGCCUUCCUGGGUGCUUGGACAUCCCACACGCGCACACGCCGUGGCUGGCUCGCAUCAUCCGUCUGGGGCAUGCAGAUACUGGUCUUGGGUCCUAAUGUCCGCCGCCCCCCCGGCUUAUACACAACAGUACAUCAAUACCUACAUACAUACAUAGGCAGGCACUCAGUCCCCUGCUCGGUCUUUGCGUCCUCCACCGCGACCCCGAUUCCACUGCUCCCCUACCGCCCUCUACCACCCUCUAUAAACCGGAUCCACCCUCCUCUGCACCCUCACCUCUCCCCGCCAAUCUGUCCGUCGCGACGUUUUCUUCCUUGCGACAGUCAUCAUUGCCAGCCCUGGAAUGUGAAGUGGCCUUCCCCUCAUUCUGUCCGCUCUCUCGUGUGCACACACAUCUCCGUUCCUUUUCAUCUCUGCAUUGCGCUGCCGACCGACCGCCUUGAUUCUUUGCCUGUUCGCGAAACCAGCCUGCUAUAGUUCUACUUCUGCCCGUUCCGCCCUUCCGUCUUGGUUUUUUCCCAUCAUUUUUCUCUCCCCCGAGUGAGAUCGCAGACAAGAGAAAAAAAAACCCCCAAUACGCUCCUACCAUCAGCAUCAUCAUGGACCCCACAAUACCCCUGGAGCCGUACAAUAACGCUACUGCCACUGGCGGAGACUCCAAGCUGUACAAUCUAAACGUCUUCUACAAUGCUGGCGAUAUCGCGUGGAUGCUCACAUCCACCGCUUUGGUGCUUCUCAUGAUCCCCGGGGUUGGCUUCUUCUACUCUGGCCUGGCUCGCAGGAAGUCUGCUCUGUCCCUGCUGUGGCUGUCCGUCAUGUCUACAGCCGUGGUAUCUUUCCAGUGGUUCUUCUGGGGCUAUUCGCUGGCCUUCUCCCACAACGCCGGCAAAUUCAUCGGCGCACUUGACAACUUCGCCCUGCAAGGCGUACUUGCUGCUCCAUCAGUCGGAAGCGAUCGCAUCCCGGAUAUCCUCUUCUGCCUAUACCAGGGCAUGUUCGCUGCCAUCACCGUUGCUCUGGCUGUGGGCGCCGUUGCCGAGCGCGGUCGCAUGCUACCAUGCAUAAUCUACAUGUUUGUCUGGACCACUAUCAUCUAUGACCCCAUCGCUUGUUGGACCUGGAAUCCCAAGGGCUGGGUGUAUCAAAAAGGCGGUCUCGAUUUCGCUGGUGGAACGCCCGUCCAUAUUGCGUCUGGCUGCGCUGCUCUCGCUUACUCCUACAUGCUCGGGAAACGCAAAGGUCACGGCACACAGGAGCUCAACUAUCGCCCACACAAUGUCACCCACAUCGUCACUGGGACUGUUUUUCUAUGGGUAGGUUGGUUCGGCUUCAACGCCGGCUCUGCUCUGUCAGCCAAUCUGCGCGCUGUCAUGGCAGCUGUCGUCACAAACCUUGCAGCUUGCGUUGGGGGCAUCACCUGGUGCCUUGUGGAUUACCGCCUGGAGGGUAAGUGGUCAACGGUAGGAUUCUGCAGUGGUGUCAUAGCAGGACUCGUUUGCAUUACCCCUGGAUCAGGAUUUGUUCCUGCAUGGGCAGCCGUCGUAUUCGGCGUUUGCGGAGGCAUCAUGUGCAACUAUGCCACGAAGCUCAAAUAUUUCCUGCGCUGUGAUGAUGCGCUCGACAUCUUCGCUGUACAUGGAGUCGGCGGGUUUGUUGGCAACAUCCUAACCGCCUUCUUUGCUGCUGAUUACAUUGCGCAUCUUGACGGCUACACCGAGAUUCCUGGAGGCUGGCUCAACCACCACUAUAUUCAGCUUGGUUAUCAACUUGCCGACUCUGUCACCGGCGCCGCAUACUCUUUUGCCGGAACCUGCCUGAUUCUUGCUUGCCUCGAUAUGAUUGGAAAGUUUAUACCUGUCUUCAAACUUCGUGCUAGCGAGGAAGAGGAGGUCUUGGGCAUUGAUGAUGUCGAAAUCGGCGAGUUUGCUUAUGAUUACGUUGAGCUCACUCGGGAUGUCGAAAUUCCCGAUGAUGUUGACGAAGGUCUUUCGACCCACUCCCUCGAACCCCACGCUUCUGCCAUGGGUACACACGAGAAGACUCAAAGUGUUGACUCUGCCAAUCAGCUUGCUGAAUGGGCUCACCGUCCAUGAUGCUGAUAACUUUCGUCCUGUA